AUGGAUGAUAAUAAAACAAAUAUAUUAGUGAAUCUAUCACAUCUAUUGUUAUCAAAGAUAGUUAAUUAUUUAGAAGAUAAUAUAGAUAGAAUAGUGUUUACAUUAGUUUGUAAAAGAUGGUUCGAAGAAAGAGAUAAAUAUCUAUAUUUUAAUACUGAUCAUAUCUAUAUGAUUAAUCAUCAAAAUAAUAGUAAACAUCAUUUAAAUUCAUAUCGAUCGUCAAUCAAUCAAUCAUUAAGUCAAAAGUCAAAUUGUAGAUUAAUUAUUAAUGAUAAAGCAUUUAAAUGUGACUAUGUAUUAGAUAAAGAUCUAUAA